AUGGCGGCGGCUGCUGUGUCGGAGGCCUGGCCGGAGCUGGAGCUGGCCGAGCGGGAGCGGCGGCGGGAGCUGCUGCUGACCGGGCCGGGACUGGAGGAGCGGGUGCGGGCGGCGGGUGGGCGAUUGCCCCCGCGGCUCUUCACGCUGCCGCUGCUGCACUACCUGGAGGUGAGCGGCUGUGGGAGCCUGCGCGAGCCGGGGCCGGGUCUGGCGCAGGGCCUCCCGCAGCUGCACAGCCUCGUGCUCAGGCGCAACGCGCUGGGUCCCGGCCUGAGCCCCGAGCUCGGGCCGCUGCCCACCCUGCGUGUGCUGGACCUGUCGGGUAACGCGCUGGAGGCGCUGCCGCCGGGCCAGGGCCUGGGCCCCGCCGAGCCGCCGGGCCUCCCGCAGCUGCAGAGCCUCAACCUCAGCGGCAACCGGCUACGCGAGCUGCCCGCCGACCUGGCGCGGUGCGCCCCGCGCCUGCAGAGCCUCAACCUCACCGGCAACUGCCUGGACGCCUUCCCCGACGCGCUUUUCCAACCCGGCGCGCUGCCCUUGCUCAGCGAACUGACUGCCGCUGACAACCGCCUCCGAGAGCUCAGCCCCGACAUCGCCCACCUGGCCUCGCUCAAGACGCUGGACCUCUCCAACAACCAGCUGAGCGAGAUCCCAGCAACACUGGCCGACUGCCCGAAGCUCAAGGAGAUCCACUUUGAGGGGAACAAGCUGAGGGACAAGCGCCUGGAGAAGAUGGUACACGGCUGCCAGACCAAGUCCAUCUUGGAGUACCUGCGUGUCGGCGGCCGGGGCUGCGGGAAGGGCCGGCCAAAGGCUGAGGGUGCUGACAAGGAGGAGAGCAGAAAGAAGAAGAGGGAGAAGAAGCACAAGAGGGAGGGUGGUGACGGGGAGGAGAGGGAACUGGAGGCCACGCACAGGCUGCUGCUCAGGGUCCUGCACGUCUCCGAGAACCCAGCGCCCCUGACGGUGAGAGUGCACCCUGAGGUCAGGGACGUGCGGCCCUUCCUCGUGGGCGCCGUCGUGCGGGGCAUGGACCUGCAUGCUGGGAACUCGCUCAAGCGCUUCCUCACUGCCCAGACGAAACUCCACGAGGACCUUUGUGAGAAGAGGACAGCAGCAACCAUCGCCACCCACGACCUCAAGGCCAUCCGGGGGCCUCUGCUAUACGGAGCCCAGCCACCGCAGGACCUCAAGAUCAUCCCCCUGGGCCGGCGAGAGGUCAAGGCCAAGGACCUGAUGCGGCAACUGCAGCUAGAGGCUGAGGAGCAGAGGAAGCAGAAGAAGAGACAGAACGUUUCAGGCUUGCACAGAUACCUUCACUUGCUGGACGGAAAAGACAACUACCCAUGCCUCGUGGACGCGGAUGGCGAUGUCAUCUCCUUCCCGCCCAUCACCAACAGCGAGAAGACGAAGAUUAAAAAAACAACGUCUGACUUGUUUCUGGAAGUCACAAGUGCUGUUAGCCUGCAGAUCUGUAAAGACAUCAUGGACGCUCUCAUCCUGAAAAUGGCAGAACUCAACAAAUACACUUUAGAAAAUAAAGAGGAAGAAUCGCUCUCGGAUACUGAAGUUGAUAGCGUUUCUGGACAAUUACCAGAUCCCCAGGCUAACCCAAGUGCUGGAGAGGAUGGGACCUCCCCGCUGGUGGUAGAGCAGGUCCGAGUGGUGGAUCUGGACGGGAGCCUGAAGGUGGUGUAUCCUUCCAAGACGGACCUGGACAUAAGUGCUGCACACAUCACGGUCAUCCGCUGA